AUGUCGACGUUUUCUCACUACAACGAGAGAGGGGUCAUUCGAGAUAUUCAAUCUCUCGCGGAAAUCAUUCAUCUCGACCACUCGUAUGCCAAGCCAUGGUCAGCACAUCCCGAUGCAUCAAAAGUACGUCCAGUCAAAACUUUGUUUCUGCCCAGAGAAGAUCUAGAGAACUUGCCUUUAGCAGACGAUGAGGAAAUCGAUGUAUGCGAACCGGCUGUUCCAUGUUAUUCUGCCAACAUCAUGUAUGAUACUGCAAAAGCUAAGACAGUUAUGGCUGAAUGUGAAAAGUUUGUGAGCACUGUGUCUAGUAAGAAGACUCCAGACACAUGGGAAGAGCAAAUUUCCAGGUAAAGUUGUGUUGUAAUAUUUGUUAUUGCUAUAAAAUGCAGAAAAGUGUCAUCACGGGCGGACGACACCAGUUGACAGAUUUGUGACAACUCUGAUAUGAUACGAUGUAUUGUAUCGUACCUUUUAUUGGGUUUGUCAAUUGUCAGUGUCAAUGAGGCUGUUUUUCGUUUUUGGAGAUUCAAGCAACAUCGCUUCGUAUAGGCUACCAUGGUAAAAGAGGCAGGAGAGAAAGCUCACUUUGACUCAAGUCCAUAAAUACUUAGUUAUAGAACGAAUUGCGGCCGUUCUGCCCUAAGUCGAUCCGCCUGAGAAUGGAAGUCGAUCCGCCCGACGAACAAACAGUGCAUCAAAUUACAGAGAUUAAGCAUUAUUCCAUUUUUUAUUUCUUUUAGUAAUGUUUAUAGAUAUUUGUGGACCGUGUUAUCAAAACAACAGCUCAUUCAACCACUGGGAUAUUUAACUUCUUUGGAACUUCUGUGAUCAAAAGUGAAAUCAUUUUUUUUUUUAUGUAAUAGACACAUAGAGGCCAAAUAUUUGAGGUAAAAAGUCGGUUGUGAUGUCAGUAUACAACUCAGAAAAAAACAUCACACCAUUCAUGUUGUAUUUUAUUACAAAAACUCAUAAAACACUAGUUUUAUUUUAUGAUACCAUUUUAAAGAACUCUACACAACUCAUAGAUAAGAUGACAUAUACAUCGGGCGCAGUUACUUCAAAAUUUGGGCAGAAAGGUCUUGGGUGGUUUGACUCUUGGGCAGAACGACUGGAUACCUAUAAAACAGAUGCAGCUAACUACGCGACCGCCAGACAAAAGUCAUAAAAUUGGUGCUUUUCGGUUAAAAAUCACUAUGGCUAUCAAAAUGGACGCAGCCUGGAGCACUGUAACACCAAUGCAAAAUUUCUGUGUCAAUUAUUCCUUGUACUGCUGGAAACAAGCUCAUUUAAAAUUAAGUGCAUGACUGGAAAUAUACUGGGGUUGAAUUUUUAUUUCUGUUUUAUUGUCAAGAUGCAUAUUUCAAGAAUCAAAAGAGAUGUUAACAUUGAACCACAACACAGUCAAACAUAGUAAAUUUUUCUUUUUUUUCAGAAAUGGCUGGGGUGCUAAGCAGAGUGUCUUGUUUGACAAAAUUACAAAAGUCCUGUCAAACCUGAGACUAGCAAGAUUGACCUACGAAGGAGUAAGACUUGUUUAUAUUAUUACCUUAUAGAGUACAUUUACUGUAGUCAGGCUCUUGUAGCUACUGUAGUGUGAGUGGUGAGGCUGCCCUUUCAUUAAACUUACAAUGUCCAUGAAACUUUAUGCCAUGUAGCACGUAGAGUGACAGGGAUCUGACAUCUUACCUGGAAAGCAUCCAAACAAAUUGGAUUGUAGAGAAAUGUGGAAUUCUUUUAGUUGAAAGAGUCAGAAUUCAUUUACUUGCUAAUGUAAUGUCUGCUUUACAGCUUCCUAAUGAGCCUGUAAUGAGACGUAUAACAACAGACAAGGCAACCAAGAGAACAAGACAAAUCUUGAGUGAAACAGAAUGGGUGAGUUUGGUUUGCUUUCCAUUGGUCUCAAACUGUGUCCGUUUCAUAUGUAAUGGCCUAAUAUAGUAAACCUGGGUGUUGAGAGAAUUUACAACUUCUUGCUUGCCAGUAGAUCACUGGACUAAAUGUUUCUUUUUGACAACUAAGGAAUAGAACCUUUCCCCCAUGACAAAGUUGCAUACAUGUGAUGUUUCAGUCACAAGUCAUACGGCAGGCUGUUGGGUGAUAAAAAGGAGGGACAAAAGUCAUUAAAAAUGAUUCUAAUAAUUGCUUUUAUUCUGGUCACAAUAUUGUACUCAUACUUUAUUCCAUAGGAUCCAAAUUUAAUGAAAUGGCUGCACAGUACCUUAGUGGAUGGUUUGAGUAUUCCUCUGUUGGCUUGCUACCUUGAUGUACUUCAGACUCUCAGAGCCAAAGUGAGUCUCAUUUCUUAUACAUUCAAUUUCACUGUUUUAUUCUCACGAGUGACCAAGACAGAAUUUCUCCUUAAAAUAUGAGUAAAAAAUCAAGCAGACAAGUCAUGAGAGUAAAGAAAACAUUUGAACUGGGAAAUUUACCAAGUUCUCUGAACUAACAUCCUAAGAAUUGGUUGGUAGACAUUGGCUUGGGAGAAUUAAUAUUGAGAUCUUGGGAGUGACAGGGUUAAAGGUUUAAAAUGUAGACCAUGAAAAGCACUUACAGUGCAAAGUUUAAAAAUUACCUGGUAAAAUUGUGCUGAAUGCCUAAGUCAGUGGCAAGCAAUCAGGGCAAGCUGUGUAGUCUAGUUAUGGGUGACUUGUUUGUGACUUCUGGUGCAUAAAGCAUUCUAUCCAUGAUUAGUGUUUCUGGUUUCAGGUUGAGUUGCUCAUUAAGAAUUGUGGUAAUUUAUCUGAAACAAGAGAAACACAAAUCAAACCAGUUUAAAAUCAGUUAAAUUCAGUGGUCAGUCUGAUUGUUAAAACGCUUAAACAAAGUACCGUAAAUGUCCAUGUAUAAGCCGCAUCCGUAGAUAAGCUGCACCCCCGAUUUGGAAGCGCAGAAUUUGGAAAAAAUAAAACAAUAUAGUUUGAAGUUUCAAUAGAGUUGUAUUGCUACAAACAAUCAAGGUUUCAAAACACCAACAUAGAAGUUGUGGCUAUCUUUCACAUUUAUCAAGUCUAAAGAAAGCAAAAUUUCAUUUGUCGUACCUUCUUUUUCAUUGGAAUUUACACAAUCUUUAACUUAAAAUGCUCUAUCGGUCCGAUUUUUCAAGAUUAUCUCUUUGAAACACACCAUAAAGUUGAAAUUCCUUCGCAUUGAAAAAACAAACAAACAAACAAGUGCUUAGUAGCCAAGCUUUAAAUGUUGGGAGGAGUCUGGGCCUUUUGACUCAGCUGUUCGGGUAUACCACGUGUAUAAAGAUGUUUGGAAACCCGCAAUAGGCGAAAAACUUCAUGCAGAACAAGAGCCUGAUAAUGCAGUUGACAAAUUUGCCAUGAAGGUAAUAAAAAACAAGGAGAGAUUCCUUGUAUGUUGGUGUUUAGUUGUUCGAGUAAACGAAAAUUAAUCGCUUGAAAGAACUCUUGGAGAGCAAGAUUCGCUGAUAAACACUCGAAGACACAAAUGGCUCCUUUACGAGCCACUACUCAAUGAAAAAGUCAAUGAACUACAGCAACAUGUUCUCAGUUUCUUUUAUGUUUGUUUCUUGGCAUCUUAAGAAGUUUUAUGAAUAUUAAUUAGGUUUUUGAGAAUUCCAAACACAGAUGUAUCUAUGGAUAAGCUGCACCAUUGAUUUUUGGCUUCAAUUUUGUGAAAAAAAGUGCGGCUUAUACAUGGACAUUUACAGUAAUAUAUUUUAAAGGAUUACAAAAUAUGGUCAUUGAAUAUUAUUUACAUAUUAUGUAACCUAACCUGAAAUAACAAUGAAUUAAUGUUUCAGAGCUUUUGAAAUUAUUUCAUGUUUAUAAAAUGUUUAAUUACAUUGUAAAUACAUUGUAUUCCCUGAAGGUUCCAACACUUGUCGAUCGAAUGCUUGUUCAACCUUCCAGUCAGCGCCGUGGCUUGGCAGCCAGCCCAGAUGCUUUAAACUUGCUUCUGAAAAGACCUUGGGACCCUGCCCAUGGACUUGUUACUCAACAUAAACAGGUAUCACAGCUCUUUUGAUGGCAAUUUAAAAUCAGAACACAUUCAUUAAGAGAAAAUUAAACAGAUGCUUGUGGAUUGAGAGCCUAAAAAUUGGAAAAAAGAUUGCCUUGUUGCGCUAGUGACUCUUGGAAAAAAAGGAAAAUUCUAAAAUUUUAGUUGUCAGUUUAAACACAUUUUGAUAGGUUUUUGCUUAUGAUCUAUUGGAGGACAGAUGCAAAGAUGUUGUUUGCAUUUUUAUUAUAUAAAGAUCAUUUUAAGUACAUUUGUGGAGAAAAUAUCUUUUAACAUGAGAGAAUAACAUUGCAUAUUCAUAAUGUGCAAAUUUCAUUUUGAGAAACUUUGUUUCCUGAGUCACAGUGUAUUUUUAUCCCUCUCUUCAAAGCGUAAACUACCUGGAACUCCUUUACUCUUGGUUGUGCCCAGUGGCCCAACAACAAGCAUCUGUUCUGGAACUUCAUCCAAGCGGGCUCGCUUCUGGCACAACCACUUGUCUGUCCUUGGAAAAGUUGUUCCUGUUACCAUGCACACAAGCAAUGGGGGAAGUGGGGUGUCAAUCAGCCAGUGUUUGGAUCACAUUAUUGGUGCUGUUAGAAUGAAAGUUUUGGAGGUAUGAAAAAUCUUUAAUUGGAUGGUAUGCAUUGGUUGGUUUUUCAUUGCUGAUUGUGUUGGUUGGAAUGUGAAGAUCCAAUAGCUAUUAAAGUGACCCAAGCUUUUAGAGAUCUAUCAGAACCAAUGUUUUCUUGAACUGUUUGAGGGGUCUGAUGGGACUCCUUACAAACCCUCUUGCUCGUGCACAUUGCUCAAGCCAUCAUGUUCGCCUACAAGGGCAAAGAAACACUUGUGCUGAAGAUGUAAUAUUGAGGGCCUGCUCACAAGCUUAGUGGCCUAUCGUGUAUACUGUAAGAUUGUGUACAAUGUCUUGAUGUAAUGUUCAUGUGUGUUGGCCAUGGUAUUUCUUCUGAUAUUGAGGAAAUCAUAAAUUUGCUGUCUGGGUAGACAAUGAAUGGUAAAUCUUUGCUGAUUUGUAACACACCUCAGGUAAAUCUGAUUUUGGUUAUAAUGUACUUUUAUCCUCCAGUUAAGAAGUCAUUUUCCUAACCGUCCUGUCAUUCUGUUGGGCUGGUCUGUUGGCGCCUUGGUCUCGUGCCAGGUAGGGAAUAGGGAUUACUAAUCAGAACACAAAUAAGUAGCUCAACUAGUAAUAGUGUGCCUAGCCAAGGCAUCACAAUAUUUGUCUUCUUUAGUCUACAUGUGAUGAUUAUUGUUAGUAGGUAUACCUUUAUACUGUAGUUAGGACAGUGCUUUUUUGAUCACUUAAAAAUGACAGUUUUUUAAUCAGAAAAUUCAACAUUACUACACGUAAUAAAUUUCUAGGGAAAGAAAAGAGAAGAAAGGCUAUAUUCACCUGUGUCGCCAUUUUUCAUUUUUAAAUAAAUGCCUAAUUAUUUAGAUCACAUUAUUUAGAUCUAUUUAAGGGAGGUCAUUCAUGUACUUUGGUUAUGUUUAAUGUCUGAAAUGUAAUAUGACCAUUCAAUCAUAUUCAGCCUUUAACACUUGAUGAUAUAAUAGUUAUAACAUGGUUGUACUUUAGGUUGCCCUUAUGGAAUCUGUGUGUGCAGUUGUUUGUCUUGGUUUCCCAAUUACUGGUUUAUCAGGUGUAAGAGUGGUGAGUAAACAAGUUAUACCUGUGAUUGAAUCAAACCUUGAACACAAUCUUUUUAAAAAUUAUCUUAAGUCCAGAUGUGAUUAACACAUAAAUUCAUACAUUAUUUUACAAACAGGUAUUAAGAAUACUCAAACUUAUCAGCUACAUGUAGAAGUUGUGUCUUGAUCUAACACCAAAUUUUCAUAACUAAUUUACUAAGAAAGGUAAAGCAGCUGGAGGGGAGAAUUGACAAUCAGAUCUUGGUAGUUAGAGGCUUAAGUAAGGUUAAAUAGUGACACAACAGAUCUGUGAACUUCAUUUCUCAGCUUUGAAAACCACCUGUCUGUCUCACUUUGCUGCGGCUUUCAGACUGAUAACCACAGCAAUGUAUUUUUGGAGUUCAUCAAGAUAAUUAUCUCUGCUCAAUGUGUGAAGCUCUUUCUUUGGACUUGUACCGUGAGGAUAAAUACUCAGUGAUGUGUUUGUUUCAGGGAGUGGAAGAUCCUUUACUGGAGUUGAAAACACCCACUUUGUUUAUUAUUGGAUCGCAUUCGACUCUCACGUCACAAGAAGAAGUGGAGGUAUGUUUCAUCUUUUUUUUUCCUGUCUGAUUAAAUAGGAACAAUUCAGAUAACUGAAAAACGUACUUACAUUUUAUGGUAUACAAGAUUUCUCUCUGUAAUCCACAUUAGCAAUCACGAAAAAUAUCACUGAUAUAAUCAACAUACUAUGCUUUGCAUGUCACAUUGCUUUGUAUUUAAUCUAACUAAGAAGACUGACGAUAUUCAAUUGUUUAAAAAGAUAGGGAUUCUAUUUCAUGUCUGAAAGCAAUACGGUACCCAGGACAUGAGGAUUUAAGCACACAGUGUAUGAAAUGGUAGUCAUAUGCUUUUGAACAGUUCGUUUCAACACAUAUGUUCUUUUUGUUUAUUUUUGUUGUUAUUUUAGGAAAUGCGCGAGAAAAUGAAAACAGACACAAGCCUUUUGGUAGUGGGAGGAGCAGAUGAACAGGUUAGGUAGUCUUCUACGGUUAGUCGAGGGUAUCGGGGUUUACGUUGCACCGGUGACUUUGAAUUGUGAUCAGAGACAGAAAAUAAGUAAUUUUGAAUUGAUUUUAACAUCAUUGUCUGGCUGAAAAAAAAAAGAUAAAGAGCCACUCAAAUAUGUUCCAGAAUACUGGAACUCACGUCCCGGAGAGUUUUAAAUCGCAAAAUUUUCUAGGAAAGCAUGCACCCGGACCCCCUCCCCCUUCCCCCUUCCCCCUUCCCCCUUCCCCCUCCCCCCCUUCAAUAAAAGCGUGUCAUUUGCGAUACACCAUACUUUUUUCCCCAAGACCCUCUCUGCAUGUUACUGUACAUACAUGUUUAUCUGAGUGACCCUUCCUUUCUUCAAUUACUUCAAUUUUACCUGGGAUGUUAUGGUUCAAACCAAGAGUUGGUAUCAAACGUCUACUAAAAAGUAAGAAAUUUCUCAACUAAUGUCAAAGGGAAUUGAGGAUUUCGUUGGUUUUUCUUGACUAGAAAUCUCAAUCGAGAUUCCCCUAUUUGAUUCCCCCUCAAAUCCAUUUCUCUUUCUUUUGCUUAAAAAUCUGAGAUUGUUUGACUUUUGUCUUGUUUUUGGAGGGAAAAAACGGAAGCUUGAGUUUUCUUACGGCUUUUUCGCCAUAUUUUCAUUCUUAAUUAGUUGUUCUAAAUUGAGAAAACAUUAAACAUUACCGGGUUGCUGUGAAAAAAAAAAUCGGAGUUAAUCUAUAUGUUCCCAAAAGACUAAAUUGCAGUUUUCGUGAUGCCAUCUUAUUUUUGUUCUAGUUGCGUCUAACUCGCGCGAAGAAGAAACAAGAGGGUCUUACUCAGAGCAUGGUGGACAGAUUGAUAAUGGUAUGUGUCAUUUCAAUUUAAUCUCGUUCAUAAGUCACAGGGACGAUUUCGCGUAGAGCAGCCAGUAGCUACAAGUCCAGCUGCUAUAUUGAUCGAGGAGUGUAAGGGUGGAUGCUUGUUUAUAUUUUUCGAGUUUUAUUUGCAAAUCCAAUUUCACAUAGAAGUUAAAAUGUCCAGUAAAUUACUCAUCAACAAUUUAGUAUCACUAAUCUCAUUUCAUCGGGAAAUUCGGUUCCUUUCUAGGAUGAAAUCGGCGACUUCUUAGGAAUAGUUUUGACGUCUAUGAGCAGCAGUAGUUCACAUAACAGAAAUGACUCUUCGGACAUGGACGAAAUCGAUGUCCGGAAAAAGAAAAGGAAACGAUCGGUAUCACGAGAUCUGUCGUCGGAAUUGGAACGCUCGGCGGGUAAGCAAGCACUGACGUCACAAGCAUCGGCAAAGAAGUCAACCCCCCAUAAGUCUUCUGUUCAAGAACAAGGAAAAACGUUACUCAAGCUACCGUUAGGCAGUACAUUGGGGGCCAUUAGCAGCGUUCGCUCGCUUAGCCAGCCCAGCCCAGCCAAACGACCGAGGACUUCCAAGUCCAAAUCGAAACCAACCAAUCCGCCUCCAAGUGUAAUUCACGUGACUGGAGCUGCAUCUACAUCGGUAGUUACCAGUGUUCCUCAAGCAAUUCCCGUGCACCCUGGUUCCCUUACUGGGUUUCCAUUACAUGGAACAACUGUUACUCGCCAGGUGCCCUUGUCAAGCACGUCUGCAGGUGCACUAGCCACUGCCAACAGAGGGCAAGCCUUCAUUUCUUUGACACCGAAGAGCUCAGAUCCUGGUGUAAGGGUCACACAGACAUUCAUUACUCUACCGCGAGGAAGCUCUCCCUCGGUCUUGUCGUCAAAUGCUGCAACAGGGCAGACCGUGCAGUAUAUCAUUAAGCCUCAAAGUCAGCGACAGACACCUGUGAACCUCAGCUCUGUUGGUACUGCUCUGUCUGCUCAGGGGGGUGUAGUACCCACUGCUUCUCAGUUGCCUGUAAGGACCAUUGUGUCAGCACCAGUCAGGCAAACACCUCUUUCUCAAUCAUCGAGUUCUUCGUUUACUUCUGUUGUGAGUCUCAAAGGGGCCACUGUAACAACGCAAGCUCCUUCUUUUCCAUCUGGGGCUGUAUCGACGUCAAAUACAUCUUUAUCUGCUGUUUCCUCGCUUGGGAAGUUCUCCCCAUCGUCAGGUGUCCUGACCUCUGGAAGGCCUUCUUUCACCCGAGUAGGUGACGCCUCUCAACCAUCAACUAUCAGUGUUUUGACCAAGGAUGGAAAUAAGCUUGUUAUGUCCCAAGGUCUUAAAGGAUCGUACAAGAUAGUCAGUGGUACAGCGCUACAACCUGUGGGCAGUGGAACUAACACCCUGACUGGCCAGACCCAAGUUAUGUUUGGGCAUCCUGUGCGAUCACCUGCUAGUAGUACCCAGACAGUGAUCAAUCAAAAAGGGCCAGGGGCACCAGGAACGGUUGCCACCUCGCUGCCCGUUAGUCUCGCUGCUUUAGCCGGAAAACUGAAUAGUAGCAGCUCAGUUUCUCAAGCCGGUGGAAGAGUUACUCUUGUCCAAAACACGCGAGCACCUACCCUUCUUAGUCAGCCAGUUAGGACCGUUCCCAGCCAGGUGGUGUCUGUGCAAAGAACAGUACCUAGCAGGACUACCAACCCCCAAGCUUCAGUGGUACCAACCCUCCCAGGUGCGGUGACAGUGGCGAGAUCAGCAGCUACCCAGAUCUCUAGAGUCGUCUCUUCCGGGUCACCAGUUACUUAUGUACAGUCUGGAACAGCCAUUGUGACCAGUAAACCGAUAAGUUACCCUGUAGUUGGUUCACAAGCGACUUCCAUGGCAGCCCCUUCUUUUGCUGUUUCUUCCACGGCAGUAUCUACUGGCAAAGUAGGGCCAUCAGUGCAAGGGGUAUCAGUCAGUAAUAAGGUUGGAGCGGUGACAAAAACAGUAUUCAGUGUGUCGAAUGAGAAAAAGAGUGAUUCUCAGCCUUUAAAUGUCGCGGUCAUUCCAGGCUGUGGCGGAAGUCCUGCUCAGCAAGACACGAAAACAGUACCAGUGGCUCAGGUGGCUUCAUCAGCGAAAACUACCGCUACAACUCAAUCGGAAGUGAAGAAAGCGUCGCCUGCCUACCCUGGCUCCAACGAUUCCGUCCCCAAAGAGACGGCUUCGUCUUGACCUUUGUUUUCUGCAAAAGAAAAAAGAAGAACUCUGAAGAUAAUUGAAGACUUAUCUCAAUGAUUCGAUUCCUCAUGAAUAAAAAACAUAGUCUCUCUAGAGUUUCUGGCCGCGUGUAUUCAAACUCAAGUUUAUUCUCACUGCACUGUUCGAGCUUAAUCAGUCAUUAACUUUAUGAUUGUAGUCUUUGUGUCUAUUAAAAAGACGUGCAACCGAC